UCGCAGCCGGACCGCAGCCGGCGCGGAGGGCUUGGCAGUGCGCUUCCGGCUCCGGCACUUCCGGCGGAGAUGCGCUGAGUGAGAACCGUGGUACCUGGCGGCCGCCGCCGCGUCCCUGCGGGUCCUCCUGCCGGCGCUGCGGUGUGGAGAGGAUGCCCAAGCUGCAAGGUUUUGAGUUUUGGAGCCGUACCCUUGGGGGUGCUCGACAUGUGGUGGCGCCCAUGGUGGACCAGAGUGAGCUAGCUUGGAGACUGCUGAGCCGCCGCCACGGAGCCCAGCUGUGCUACACCCCUAUGCUGCACGCCCAGGUUUUCGUUCGAGACGCUAACUAUCGGAAGGAGAACCUGUACUGUGAAGUGUGCCCCGAGGACAGGCCUCUCAUUGUGCAGUUCUGUGCCAAUGACCCAGAGGUGUUUGUCCAGGCAGCUCUCCUAGCGCAAGACCACUGUGACGCCAUUGACCUGAACUUGGGCUGCCCACAGAUGAUAGCAAAAAGAGGUCACUAUGGCGCCUUUCUGCAGGAGGAGUGGGAUCUUCUUCAAAGAAUGAUUCUGUUGGCUCAUGAGAGACUCUCCGUUCCUGUCACGUGCAAAAUCCGUGUCUUCCCUGAGAUUGACAAGACAGUGCGGUACGCCCAGAUGCUGGAGAAAGCUGGCUGCCAGCUGCUGACUGUGCAUGGGCGCACCAAGGAGCAGAAGGGGCCCCUGGCAGGAGCGGCCUCCUGGGAGCACGUCAAGGCAGUUCGGAAGGCUGUGGGAAUCCCUGUGUUUGCCAACGGGAACAUCCGGUGCCUGCAGGACGUAGAGCGGUGCAUCCAGGAAACGGGUGUGCAGGGGGUCAUGACGGCAGAGGGGAAUCUUCAUAACCCUGCCCUGUUCGAGGGCCGGAGCCCUGCGGUGUGGGAGCUGGCCGAGGAGUACCUGGCCAUUGUGCAGGAGCGCCCUUGCCCACUGUCCUACGUCCGCGCCCAUCUCUUCAAGCUGUGGCACCACACGCUGCAGGUGCAUCAGGAACUUCGAGAGGAGCUGGCCAAAGGGAAGACCCUGGAGAGCGUGGCCGCUGUGAGCCAGGCACUCAAGCUUCGGUGCCAGGAGGACAUGUCCAAGCAGCAAGAAGGAGCGAAGCCAGCUGGCAACUUACCUGCUUUCCACUGGAUCUGCCAGCCCUACAUCCGUCCAGGCCCUAGGGAGGGGAGCAAGGAGAACAGUGGUGGUCGGAGCAAGCGCGCUCUAGAGGAAGAAGAGAGCAGCAUGGACGGGCUAUCCAAGAAUAAGCUGAAGAAACAGCUGAGAAACCCUCACAAAACCUUUGACCCUUCCCUGAAGCCCAAAUAUGCCAAGUGUGACCAGUGUGGGAAUCCAAAGGGCAACAGGUGUGUGUUCAACCUAUGCCGUGGCUGCUGCAAGAAGCGAGCGUUCCGAGAGACAGCCGACUGCCCAGGUCAUGGAUUGCUUUUUAAGACCAAAUUAGAGAAGUCUCUGGCCUGGAAAGGGACCCAGCCUGCACUGCAGGAACCUCAGCAGGUGGGGCCUGAAGUCAUGGGUAGUGCCCUGGCCUGACAGCCAGCAAGAGCCAUCUACUCCAGGAAGCCACUGACACCUGGACACUCUUAAGGAAACACCUCUACUCAGGGAAUCUAUUUGACACAGAAGGACAUGUUGGUGUCUUCAGGUGGGGGCCUGGCAGUGUGACCCCAAGGGUAGCCUUGGCUGGACUUGCCCUGUCCCCACACUGUUUCCAGCAUUGAACAAUAAACAUCUCAGAGAUGCGUUUGCAAAGA